AUGAGGUACAAGGACAACCUGGGCCGAUGUGAGCUGCUGGUUUGGCAGGAUGGACGCCUGGAGUUUGAGCUGAAUGGUUUGGGAACCUCCGACAACACAAGGAAGAUGCUCGAAGACUGCAGCACGGCCAUCACAGAGUUCGGCGACUCCGUCCAGUGCACAGCGCUCAUCGACAUGAGGCGCGGAAUGGGAUGCUCGCCUCUGGCCGUGCCCGGCAUUGUGAACUUCCUGCAGAAGGCCUGCACAGCCUUUGACAAGAGUGGCGUCGCCUUCUUUUUCGAUCGCCAAGAGGCCGAACGGUGGCCGGAGAACCUCAGAAGGCUGCAAGGGGAGUGGCACUCAGCAGAAGGCUCCUGCGUUGGCCAAAUCCAGGGUGGCUGCCUCGUUUGGCACCGGUCUCUCGGUGCUCAUCCCACUAACUUGUUCAUGGAAGGCGGUCGUGUGCUCAUGGAGGAGGAGUCCACUACUCAUUCGGCCGUCAUUGAUUGGGGCCCGCCCGCCCGAAUGAAAUGGGAUGACGGCGAGGAAUGGAUUCGUGUCGGAGGCAGUCCAGAGGAAGGCUUGUCCAACAGCAGACAUGCAGAGCCCAGCGGGGAUUAA